UUAAGUCCUCUCCAGUUACAGAAGUUUGGAUUUUUUUUUCCUAGAGAGCUAGACGAAAGUCCGGCACCAAGAGUGGAGUUAGAGUAUCCACUUAUUUGUUCUUCUGGGACCUGGGUGAGGAAAUCAAGCUUUGUAACUCAGUCUCCAGGGGCAGAAGAGGCAUGAAUUCCUAAAAACUUUUUUGCUGUGCUUGGCACCAGGUUUGAUUGACAAGAGGCCGAUUGAGCAAGAGCAGGGGGGGGCGGGGCUGCGGGCCAAGGGCCCCGGUUGAGACAAAGGGGCUUCAGCGGUCACCCGGAGAGGAAGGACCCUUACCGGCUGCUGCGCUCUAAGGUAGUUCACCUUCAAAGAAUCAGUGAUUUGGAAAGCUGGGAGCACAAAGCAACAUGGCGCAGCUACUGAAAACGGUGGUGACUGGCUGUUCAUGUCCUUUCCUUAGCAACUUCGGGUCCUGUAAGGUUCUACCUGGGAAGAAAGACUUUUUACGAACAUUUCAUGUUCAUCAGGCAUUGUGGUGUAAAUCACCUGUAAAGCCAGGAAUUCCCUAUAAGCAGCUGACAGUUGGGGUCCCCAAGGAGAUUUUCCAAAAUGAGAAGCGAGUAGCAUUGUCUCCUGCUGGCGUGCAGGCCCUGGUCAAGCAGGGCUUUAACGUUGUUGUGGAAUCAGGAGCAGGCGAAGCUUCCAGGUUUCCAGAUGAUCUCUACAGAGCAGCAGGGGCCCAAAUCCAAGGGACAAAGGAAGUCCUGGCCUCUGAUCUGGUGGUCAAAGUGAGAGCACCCAUGGUUAAUCCAGCUUUAGGCGCUCAUGAAGUUGACUUUUUAAAGCCAUCAGGAACUCUCAUUAGCUUCAUUUACCCCGCCCAAAAUCCAGACUUGCUAAAUAAACUUUCUGAAAAAAAAACUACAGUUCUGGCAAUGGACCAGGUUCCAAGAGUCACAAUUGCUCAGGGGUACGAUGCUCUCAGCUCCAUGGCCAACAUUUCUGGUUAUAAGGCUGUUGUUUUAGCAGCGAAUCAUUUUGGAAGGUUUUUUACUGGUCAGAUCACAGCUGCUGGAAAAGUACCCCCAGCUAAGAUCCUGAUAGUUGGUGGUGGUGUUGCUGGACUCGCUUCUGCAGGUGCAGCAAAGUCAAUGGGCGCAGUUGUCCGAGGAUUUGAUACAAGAGCUGCAGCUUUGGAACAGUUCAAGUCUCUUGGUGCUGAACCCUUGGAGGUGGACUUGAAGGAAUCAGGCGAGGGCCAAGGAGGGUAUGCGAAAGAAAUGUCCAAAGAGUUCAUUGAUGCUGAGAUGAAGCUCUUCGCUCAGCAAUGCAAGGAGGUGGACAUCCUUAUCAGUACAGCGCUGAUUCCAGGUAAAAAAGCUCCCGUUUUAUUUAGUAAGGAAAUGAUUGAAUCAAUGAAGGAAGGUUCAGUUGUUGUGGAUUUAGCUGCUGAGGCUGGCGGGAAUUUUGAGACCACUAAGCCCGGAGAACUUUAUGUCCACAAGGGCAUUACUCAUAUUGGCUAUACGGACCUUCCCAGCCGGAUGGCCACUCAGGCCAGCACUCUGUACUCCAACAACAUCACCAAACUCCUUAAGGCCAUCAGCCCUGACAAAGAUAACUUUUAUUUUGAAGUGAAGGAUGAUUUUGACUUUGGUACAAUGAGUCAUGUCAUUCGAGGAACUGUGGUGAUGAAGGAUGGCAAUGUGAUUUUCCCAGCUCCCACACCAAAAAAUAUCCCUGCAGAAGCGCCAGUGAAACAGAAGACAGUGGCUGAACUGGACGCAGAGAAAGCAGGCACUGUGUCACAGUACACGAAGACACUGACCACAGCAUCCAUGUAUGCAUCAGGUCUCACUGGGAUGCUGGGUUUGGGCAUUGUGGCCCCCAAUCUAGCCUUUUCUCAGAUGGUGACCACUUUUGGCUUGGCGGGCAUUAUUGGUUACCACACUGUAUGGGGAGUGACCCCUGCUCUCCACUCACCAUUGAUGUCUGUGACUAAUGCGAUCUCAGGUUUGACUGCGGUUGGGGGGUUGGCAUUGAUGGGAGGCCAUUUUUAUCCUUCCACAACUCCACAGAGUCUUGCUGCUCUUGCUACAUUCAUAUCAUCAGUCAACAUUGCAGGUGGCUUUCUGGUAACUCAGAGAAUGCUGGACAUGUUUAAGCGACCCACAGAUCCCCCAGAAUACAAUUAUCUGUAUCUGCUCCCUGGUGGCACUUUCGUGGGUGGAUAUCUGGCUGCCCUCUACAGUGGUUAUAACAUUGAAGAGAUCAUGUACUUGGGUUCAGGCUUGUGCUGUGUAGGUGCUCUGGGCGGCCUUUCCACUCAGGGAACAGCUCGACUCGGCAAUGCCUUGGGCAUGAUUGGAGUUGCAGGAGGCCUGGCAGCCACACUUGGAGGCCUGAAACCAGAUCCACAACUGUUAGCUCAGAUGUCCGGAGUAAUGGCUAUGGGUGGUACCAUCGGCUUGGCGAUUGCGAAGCGCAUCCAGAUCUCUGACUUACCUCAGCUGGUUGCUGCCUUCCACAGUUUAGUGGGUUUGGCAGCAGUGCUCACUUGCAUUGCUGAGUACAUUGUAGAAUACCCACAUUUUGCAAUGGACGCAGCAUCAAAUUUCACCAAGAUCGUGGCCUACCUUGGCACUUACAUUGGUGGAAUAACCUUUAGUGGGUCUCUUAUUGCCUAUGGAAAAUUACAGGGUAUUCUGAAAUCAGCCCCUCUGCUGCUCCCUGGAAGGCACUUGCUCAACGCAGGCCUGCUGGCUGCUAGUGUGGGUGGAACCAUCCCAUUUAUGAUCGACCCCAGCUUUACCACUGGCAUUACCUGUCUGGGCUCUGUGGCUGCCCUCUCUACUGUCAUGGGUGUGACUUUGACAGCUGCUAUUGGGGGUGCUGACAUGCCUGUUGUCAUCACUGUGCUGAACAGCUACUCAGGCUGGGCCUUGUGUGCUGAGGGCUUCCUGCUAAACAACAACCUGCUGACCAUUGUGGGUGCGCUUAUUGGCUCCUCCGGUGCGAUCUUGUCAUACAUCAUGUGUGUGGCAAUGAAUCGCUCCCUGGCUAAUGUGAUUCUCGGAGGCUAUGGUACAACUUCAACAGCUGGUGGGAAACCGAUGGAAAUCUCUGGUACACAUACAGAAAUCAACCUUGACAAUGCAGUUGACAUGAUCCGGGAAGCCAACAGCAUUGUUAUUACUCCAGGUUAUGGCCUCUGCGCAGCCAAAGCUCAGUACCCCAUCGCGGAUUUGGUGAAGAUGCUUACCGAGCAAGGCAAAAAAGUCAGGUUUGGAAUUCACCCAGUUGCCGGCCGAAUGCCUGGUCAGCUUAACGUGCUUCUGGCCGAGGCAGGAGUGCCCUAUGAUAUUGUGCUUGAAAUGGAUGAGAUCAACCAUGAUUUCCCAGACACGGAUUUGGUUCUUGUCAUCGGAGCUAAUGACACUGUGAAUUCAGCCGCUCAAGAAGACCCCAACUCCAUUAUUGCAGGCAUGCCAGUCCUUGAGGUCUGGAAGUCUAAGCAGGUCAUUGUCAUGAAGAGGUCCCUGGGUGUUGGCUAUGCCGCAGUGGACAAUCCAAUCUUCUACAAACCUAACACGGCCAUGCUUCUGGGGGAUGCCAAGAAGACGUGUGAUGCUCUUCAGGCCAAAGUUAGAGAAUCCUAUCAGAAGUGAAUGUUAAAGUUAAGCUGGUGUCUUCAGUUACAGGAACAGAGAAAUGAAGCAUGAGUGGAUGAGCAAAGCUCCCAAGGCCCCAGAGAAGCGCCACAAACCAACAGAUUGUCGAGAUCUGCAACCCCUGACCCCCAAAAAGAAGCCCCGCAAACCAACAGAUUGUCGCGAUCUGCAACCCCUGAUCCCCAAAAAGAAGCACCGCAAACCAACAGAUUGUCAAGAUCUGCAACCCCUGAUCCCCAAAAAGAAGCCCCACAAACCAACAGAUUGUUAAGACCUGCAACCCCUGAUCCCCAAAAAGCAUUGAAAAGUCUCAACAUCUACCUAGUUAUAGUUUUUGUCGCUAAAAGGCAAAAAUAUUUUGUUGACAGUGAAAGAAUAGCCUCAUUUUAGAUGCAACCAUAUUGGAUUUUUAAAUUCUCUUUCAGUAGCUAGAAAUGAGUUCAGAAGUUGAAUGUGUAGGAUUUCAGGAUGUAUUUUGGUCUGAAAAAUAUUAGACAGUAUGAACAUUACAGGCACCUGCAUUUAGUUUUUUUUUUUCUUCACCAAAUGUGACUAAUUUGAAACUUUUAUCAACUCCCGGCCUGUCCCCUUGCAUUUUAUCCAUAGUCUGAACAAUCAUACCAAAUCUGUUUCAAUUUAUCAGGCUGUACUUUAGAUUCUAGAUUCCAAAGAUCUAUUUUCUCACCUCUAUUUUAAUACAUAAAAGGACUAUAUAACCUUCCAGAGAUGCUGGAAGCAGUCUACUUGAUAUGAUCAGUAAAACGUAACUUAAAAGUAAUUAACUAUUUUUAAAAACCCCAUGGUCAACUGGAGAUUACUCCAGUUUCAGUUUAUAAUGUGAUAUUGUGUUAACUGCUCUUGAAUGGAAUGCAGCCAUUUGACUAAUAAAUGAGUUCAUCAUAUUUUCAAAGUGAUAUAGACUUGUCUCUGAUGACAAAGAGCUGAAAUUGAAUGGUUCUACUCAUUAUUAAUAUGGAGGGAAGGCCUAAUAGGCUGAAUUAAUCUCUCCUCAUUGUUUAGAAGACCAAAUUGUCUUUCAAAACCGUAGUGACUUUUGAGGUCAUAUGUAAUUUGAUGAUACUCAAAAGUGGUUAGCAGUACUUUUUAGCCAUAUCUUUAAGAACCAGUAAAAAAAUCAUGUCUUUUAUAGAAGUCUAGAUUUUCUUUGCAACUUUACCUUUAUUUCAAAAGUGCUUAAAGUGGAGACAAAUGUGGUACAUUACCUUAAUUGUCUCUCUGUGCUCUCCACUUGGUAACUCUCAAAGCAAUUGUUAACCCAUAUGAGGCCUGGGGAUAUGGCUCAGUUGAUAGAUUGCUUGCUUUGUGUGCACGAGGCUCUCAGCUCAAUCCCUAGUAUUGAAAAAACAAAACAAACACAAAAUUAUUGACACAUACAAAACUAUCUCUAAAUCUGAAGACUAUCGAUGCAAAAUUUGCUUAUCUUUACCAAGCUUAUCAAGUACUAGAUCUGUUGAUUUGAUGAGCAAGUUGUUUUGCUGUGCCUAGGAUAAUGGAGGAGUGAAUGAAGGAGGGGGAGGAUGGGCGGAGAAGGGAGGAGAGGAGGGAGUGGGGGGAGAGAUGUUAGAGCAGCAAAGAUUCCUUUUAAAUGUCAAAGAAAUAAAUCUGAGAUCACUAAUAACUUCAGGGUUGGGUUUGUCAUAAAAGGUCUAUCAGAAAAGAUUAAACAAUUAUCUUUAUUCAUGCCCCCUUCCUUCUUUUAAAGUACCCAUAGGCGUUUCUAGAAAGUAGCAAGUUCAUUUUGGAAAAAAUAUCCAAAUAAACAAUUUAAGUCUAAAAAUAA